AUGAAGCGCGGCACGCGCCUGCUCGUGGGGCUCCUCGGCCUCAUCACGGCCCUGCAGCUGUUCCACUCCUACGUCACCUUUACGCGGCACGCGGCGGAGACCGCGGACGCGCACCCGGCCGAGCUGCGCCCCAAGCCGCCGGGCUGGCGCGAACGCUUGCCCAGUGAGAAUGCGCCGCCGCUCGAACGUGAAGAACAACCAGUCAGGGACGCUCGAGGAACAAAACCGCACAUCGUCUACCUGCUCGCGGACGACCUGGGCUGGCACGGCGUCGGCUGGCGGAACCCGGAAGUGCAGACCCCGAAUUUGGAUAGACUCGCGACGAGGGAAGGCUUGCGACUCAGCCAGCACUAUACCUAUAGGACGUGCUCGCCGAGCCGCUCGGCCUUGCUCAGUGGGCGACUCGCGCAUCACGUCAAUCAAGCGAAUCCGAAUCACCGCCACCCGGGCGGCACGAUCGCGGCGUCCCGCGAUUCACGCCAUCGACGCGCGUCGUCUCCAGGAAUGAUGGAAUGAGGUUCCGCGCAGGCGGCGUCGACCUGGGCAUGACGCUAUUACCGCAAGCGCUGAAGGAGCGGGGCUAUGCUACACACAUGCUCGGCAAGUGGCACUUAGGCUUGGGGACCUCGGACCUGGUCCCGACGAAGCGCGGCUUCGACACCUGGCUGGGGUUCUUCGCGGGCGCAGAGGACCACUGGAAUCAUAGAAGGACGGAAUUACGGCGGAGUCUUAUCGAUUUGUGGUUCGACGACGGUCGGGGCGGCGGGCCCGCUACACAAUUCGCGCGGAAGGAUCAGUACGGCGACGAGCUCUUCACGGCGCGCUUCGAGAAAUUAAUCAAGGAGCACCCUCCCCAGAAACCGUUGUUCGUGUACUACGCGUACCAGGUGCCCCACGAGCCGCUGCAGUCGCCGCGCAAGUUCCUGGCGAAGUACACUGAAUUCCGAGAUAUCAAGGGAGAUAAUGAUUGGCACUACGUGGAACGGAACGGUCUAGGAUUGUCCAGGCAAGAAGCUCCGAAAAGGCGGGCGCAAUACCACGCCAUGGUGUCGUACCUCGACCAUUCUGUUGGUAGGGUCGAGCGCGCCCUGAAAAGUAGACAAAUGUGGGAUUCCUCCCUGAUAGUGUUCGCGACGGACAACGGCGGCGCGACGGGCCACGACGCCGACGUCGGGAACAACUGGCCGUUGAGGGGCGCCAAGUACGCAGAUUACGAGGGCGGCGUGCGCGGCGUCUGCUUCGUGACGGGUGGUGUUUUACCUGUUGAUAGGUGGGGCCUGGACCUUACGAACCGACGACAUAGGGUGUCGAUCGCGGACUGGUACGCCACUUUUGUGGAAUUAGCCGGGGGCGUUCUUGAAGAUAGACGCGCGGCCAAAGAACGCCUGCCUCCCUUGGACUCGCGGAGUUUAUGGCCGACGAUUUCGAAGGGGGAGGACGGGCCCCGCUCGCAAGAACUGCCGCUGACGGUGCCCGCGCGCGACGCGAUGCCGGGAAGUGGAGGUGGCCUCAUCCAGGGCCGCCACAAGCUCCUCAUAGGCAACCAGAAGUCGGCGGUGCUCAAUGGGCCUACGUACCCAAAUGGCACAAUACCAAAGCCGCUCGUCGAGUUCUGCAAGCGCGGCUGCCUCUACGAUCUGGACGAGGAUCCGGGCGAGGUCCGCGACUUGGCUUCAGAAAGGAGCGACGUGCUCGAGGUCAUGUUGACGCGCUUCCGCGAGUUGCAGAAAACGGCCUACGCGACGCCGCGCUACGCCGUCUGGCCGGACGAAGCGGCGAUGGCGAGACAUAUCGCCGUCGUCGAGCGCGACUACGCGGGCUUCUGGGGCCCCUAUACCUCUCUCUCUGCUGUUGAGAGGGCGGGGUUCGUCGAUGGGAACUUCCAGCCGUGGGAUAAGCACCACCGGCCCGAUCUGGUGGAGGCGCAAAAGAAGCAGUUGUUGUCUAAAUAAAUGUUAGCUGU